UCCGCUCUGUGCAAAUCAAAUCCAACCACCGCACGCGUCGUGUCAUACGUGCUCUCAUACAACGCCACCUUCGCCCUCAGUGCACAGCACACACUACCCCACCCAGAGCAACACCGACGAUGGCUCCCCCUGCCAAUGCCCAGGAGCAGCCGCAGCCGCAGGUGCAGCUGGUGGGUGGCCGCAAGGUGGUGGACGAGGUUUCCGGCUGGCUGCGCGUGCUGGACGACGGCAGCGUCGACCGCACCUGGACCGGGCCACCGGAGGCCCUCCCGCUGAUGGAGCCGGUGGCGCCGUACGCGGUGCCGCGAGACGGGCACACGCUCCACGACCUGCCCGGAGAGCCGAACCUGCGCGUGUACCUCCCCGAGGCGAAGGGGGAGACCGCCGGCGCGCGCCUGCCCGUCAUCCUGCAGCUCCACGGCGGCGGCUUCUGCAUCUCCCACCCGUCGUGGCUCAUGUACCACCACUUCUACGCGCGCCUCGCGUGCGCCGUCCCCGCCGUGGUGGUCGCCGUCGAGCUCCCGCUCGCGCCCGAGCGCCGCCUCCCCGCGCACAUCGACACGGGCGUCGCCGCGCUCCGCAGGCUCCGCUCCAUCGCGCUGUCGGCCGAGGACGGCGCCCUCGAUGACCCGGCGGCGGCCGCGCUCCUCCGUGAGGCCGCCGACGUGUCCCGGGUGUUCCUCAUCGGGGACAGCUCGGGUGGCAACCUCGUCCACCUCGUCGCCGCCCGCGUGGGCCAGGAAUUAGCAGACACGGGCAAUAAUUGGGCUCCACUCCGCGUCGCCGGCGGCAUCCCGAUCCACCCGGGGUUCGUGCGCGCCACGAGGAGCAGGUCGGAGCUGGAGACGAAGGCGGAGUCGGUGUUCUUCACGCUGGACAUGCUGGACAAGUUCCUCGCCCUCGCGCUGCCGGAGGGCGCGACCAAGGACCACCCCUUCACCUGCCCGAUGGGUCCGCAGGCGCCGCCGCUGGAGUCCGUGCCGCUGCCGCCGAUGCUUGUGUCCGUGGCCGAGAACGACCUCAUCCGCGACACUAACCUCGAGUACUGCAACGCGCUGCGCGCCGCCGGCAAGGAGGUGGAGGUGCUGAUCAACCACGGCAUGAGCCACUCCUUCUACCUCAACAAGUACGCCGUCGACAUGGAUCCCACCACUGGGGAACGAGCCCAAGAGCUCAUCGACGCCAUCAGGAGCUUCAUCUCGCGCCACUGAAGUGCAAGAACAUACAAUUCCGCACGUGCCGAUACCGAUCAUACAAUUCUGCAUGUAUUAUAUAUGUGUUACAUGCGUUCGUUUUCAGCAGUCCUACACCGCUCAUGUCAGUCUACGUGCGAGUGUUUACACCCAUAUACGUUCGUCUAGCUGCUUUAAUUCGUGCCGAUGGAAAUGAUAUAUCAACUUCAAUAAUAAUGAGGUGAUACACCUACAUAUACAGUCCUUUACACCAUUAUAUUGGAUGGCACUGACACGCUGUACAUGCAUGUCUGUCUAUCGUUGUUUUGUAGCAUUCCCUAAUUGCAUUCAAAAGUUUAUAUGUAUUGCAUAGUUGAGACUCAAUAAUCAAUGGGUAACCAAUGCAGUAUGUUUGCGUAAAUGUUGGUGUUGAACCACGGGAAUUUAGAUAGGUAUUGAAAAUGUCUGCAAAUUUUGGUCCAAUGCAAUUGUACAAGGUGCUAUGGUAGUGACUA